GCGAUGCUGAACUCCCGUGCCGAGGCGGUGAUGACCGCGGCCGACAGGGCCAUUCAGCGCUUCCUGCGGACCGGGGCGGCCGUCAGGUAUAAAGUCAUGAAGAACUGGGGAGUCAUAGGUGGGAUUGCCGCUGCUCUUGCAGCAGGAAUAUAUGUUAUUUGGGGUCCUCUUACAGAAAGAAAGAAGCGUAGAAAAGGGCUUGUGCCUGGCCUUGUCAAUUUAGGGAACACCUGCUUCAUGAACUCUCUGCUUCAAGGCUUGUCUGCCUGCCCUGCUUUCAUCAAAUGGCUGGAAGAAUUCACCACUCAGUACACCAGGGAUCAGAAGGAGCCCCCUCCAAACCAGUAUUUAUCCUUAACACUGUUGCACCUCCUGAAAGCUUUGUCCUGCCAAGAAGUUACUGAUGAUGAGGUCUUAGAUGCAAGCUGCUUGUUGGAUGUGUUAAGAAUGUACAGAUGGCAGAUCUCUUCAUUUGAAGAACAGGAUGCUCAUGAAUUAUUCCACGUCAUUACCUCGUCACUGGAAGAUGAGCGAGACCGGCAGCCACGGGUCACACAUUUGUUUGAUGUGCAUUCCCUGGAGCAGCAGUCAGAAAUAACUCCCAAACAAAUAACCUGCCGCACAAGAGGGUUACCUCACCCCACGUCCAAUCACUGGAAGUCUCAACAUCCUUUUCAUGGAAGGCUCACUAGUAAUAUGGUCUGCAAACACUGUGAACACCAGAGUCCUGUUCGAUUUGAUACCUUUGAUAGCCUUUCACUAAGUAUUCCAGCUGCCACAUGGGGUCAUCCAUUGACCCUGGACCACUGCCUUCACCACUUCAUCUCAUCAGAAUCAGUGCGGGAUGUUGUCUGUGACAACUGUACAAAGAUUGAAGCAAAAGGAACAUUGAAUGGGGAAAAGGUGGAACACCAGAGGACAACUUUUGUUAAACAGUUAAAGUUAGGGAAGCUCCCACAGUGUCUGUGCAUCCACCUCCAGCGACUGAGCUGGUCCAGCCAUGGCACACCUCUGAAGCGCCACGAGCAUGUGCAGUUCAAUGAAUUCCUGAUGAUGGACAUCUACAAGUACCACCUCCUUGGACAUAAACCCAGUCAGCGCAGCCCUAAACUAAAUGAGAACCCAGGGCCUGCACUGGAACUGCAGGAUGGGCCGGCAGCCCCCAAAUCAGUUCUGAAUCAGCCAGGGGCCCCCAAAACACAAAUUUUUAUGAAUGGCACCUGCUCCCCAUCUUUAUUGCCAUCCCUACCACCCCCAGUGCCCUUCCCUCUCCCAGUUGUUCCUGACUACAGCUCCUCCACAUACCUCUUUCGGCUGAUGGCAGUUGUUGUCCACCAUGGAGACAUGCACUCUGGACACUUUGUCACUUACCGACGGUCCCCACCUUCAGCCAAGAACCCUCUCUCAACCAGCAACCAGUGGCUGUGGAUUUCUGAUGACACUGUACGCAAGGCCAGCCUGCAGGAAGUCCUGUCCUCCAGUGCUUACCUGCUGUUUUAUGAGCGUGUCCUUUCCCAGGUGCAGCACCAGAGUCAGGAGUACAAGUCUGAAGAAUGACUCUGCCCAGCCUCAGAGCUAGCUGAGGGUACUGUCCAAACUCCAGGAAAAAAGCAAAACCAUACGCUGUGUGUGUGUGUGCCAGCACCCCACUAGAGCCCUUCAGCUUUCUGGUGUGUUCUAAGAGCAGGCUCCGCAAGGGAGCCAGUGGCCUCGAUUCAUACCAAAUCAGGCUCCCUGAGCAGCUCUGCUAGUGAGCACUGGAAGGUGCCGUCGUGUUAGGAAAGCAUUCAUUAUGUCUAGAGCGUCUUUUUACUCAUCUGAUACAGGUAAUUAAAAGUAACCAAAUUUCAGAAGCCACCUUUUUUAUAUGGUAAUAUGUUAGGUGUUCUGAGAAGGGAGUUACCUUUGUCUAAUCCUCUUAUGUUUCAGCAUAGAUCUUUUAUUUUUAAUAAGCAGGCCUAUAAAAAUUGUUGACAAGAUUUAGUGAAAGUAUUAAAGGCAACACUUCAGAAGAAAAAGUGCCUUUCACUUUCGAUUGCUUUUGUAGCACAUCCAUUCUGAAAAAUAUACAUUAUCUAAGAGUCACAUAAACAAUUUUUGAAAAGCUCUAUUCCUUCCAAGUUACUCAAAGGAUGGCAAAAGAACAGUUAAAAGAUGCCUAAAGAACACCUCCCUUCCCUUUUUGUAUGCCUUUUUCUAAUCUUUCAAUUCUUUAUAUGUAGUAAAGGCUCAUCUGCCAAAUCUGCCCCUCCGGGAAAUUCUUUCACUAUGUCAGUUGUAAGUGAAAUGCUUACUUGUUGCUUUUAUCUUUUGUAUACUGUAUUGAGAUAUAGUAUUGUAUAAAACUAUGUGAAUAACCAGAAUUGAGCAGUAUCUGUGCAGCACCUAUGAUUCCUCUGCUCUCUAGGAAACUCAAUUACACAAGGAUCCACUGUG